CGAGAUCCGGCGGAGCUGGACCAGGUAACCACUCUCCCAAAUGGCAUUCGCGUCGCCACCGAAGCGCUGCCGGGAUCCUUCUCCGGCAUCGGCGUCUAUGUCGAUGCCGGUUCGCGAUACGAGAGCGAUGCCCUACGCGGCGUCUCCCACAUCAUCGACCGCUUAGCCUUCAAGUCCACCGCCAAGCGAUCCGCAGACGAGAUGCUGGAGAAGAUGGAGAUGCUUGGCGGGAAUAUCCAAUGUGCCUCGUCACGGGAGAGCCUGAUGUACCAGUCCGCGACGUUCAACAGCGCCGUCCCGGACACCAUCGCGUUGCUAGCCGAGACCAUCCGCGAGCCCCAAAUCACCGAGGAAGAAGUGGAGCGGCAACUCGAGACGGCCGACUACGAGAUUGGUGAGAUCUGGGGGAAGCCGGAGCUCAUCCUGCCCGAGCUGGUGCACAUGGCCGCCUACAAGGAUAACACCCUCGGCAACCCGCUAUUAUGCCCCAAAGAGCGCUUGCAAAGCAUCGACCGAAGAACCAUCGAAGCAUACCGCAAAGCCUUCUUCCGUCCGGAACGAAUAGUCGUCGCCUUCGCCGGCGUCGACCACCACGAAGCCAUCAAACUCACCGAGCACUACUUUGGCGACAUGAAAGACCCCCAACAACCCACCACCACGACAUCCGACUCCUCCCAACAACUCAACCCCCCCUACCCCACCUCCCAACUCCCACCCCAAAAGGACUCCCGCCUCAUGUCCAAAAUCCCCUUUCUCAAAAACCUCUCCACCUCCACCCACCGCUCCGCCACCCACGUCUCCCCCCUCGACCCCGCAUCCAUCAUUCCGCACCCCCUCGACCAACCAAUCCCCUACAACCAACCCUCCCACUACACAGGCGGCUACCUCACCCUGCCCCCACUCCCCAUCCCGCCCUCCCCCACCCUCCCCCGCCUCUCCCACAUCCACCUCGCCUUCGAAUCCCUCCCCAUCAGCAGCCCGGACAUCUACGCCCUCGCCACGCUGCAAACACUCCUCGGCGGGGGCGGCUCCUUUUCCGCGGGCGGGCCGGGAAAGGGGAUGUACUCGCGCUUGUACACGAACGUGCUGAAUCAGUACGGGUGGGUGGAGAACUGCGUGGCGUUCAAUCACGCGUACACGGAUUCCGGCCUGUUCGGCAUUUCGGCGGCGUGUGGGACGGGGUACGUGAUGCGCAUGCUCGACACCAUCGCCCGCGAACUCUCCCUCCUCUCCGCCGAGACGGGCCUGGGCCGCCUCAGCGACGGCGAAGUCAAGCGCGCCAAGAACCAGCUCCGCUCCUCCUUACUCAUGAACCUCGAGUCGCGCAUGGUGGAACUCGAGGAUCUGGGCCGCCAGGUGCAAGUCCACGGCCGCCGCAUCCCCGUCACGGAAAUGGUGGCGCAUAUCGAGGCGGUCACCGUCGCGGAUUUGCGGAGGGUGGCGCGGCGGGUGUUUGGCGGGGAAGUGAGGAAUGUCGGGGUCGGGAGUGGGGCGCCGACGGUGGUGGUGCAGCAGGGGGAGGAGGAGGGGGUCAGGAUGAAGGAGAUUGCGUGGGGGGAGGUGCAGGAGAGGAUUGCGCGGUGGGGGUUGGGGAGGCGGUGA